AUGGCCAUCGCGUCUGUACUGCGCGAGGCAUCCUCGGUGCUCACGAUGCUGAUUCGCUUCGGAGGCGUGUCCUACUGCCUCUGGGAGGCAGCCGACACCAUCAAGUGCUCAGGCCCAUCCAUGCUGCCGACGCUCAACCGUGACGGGGACAUUUUGCUGCUCGACAAGCUCUCGCCCAAGCUCCGGAAGCUGCAACCGGGUGAAGUAGUGAUUGCCAGGUCCGUUUCCAACCCACGUCGGACCGUAUGCAAGCGAAUUAUUGCACAAGAAGGAGACACGGUUUGUGUGCGAUCAUCGUCCGAGGUGGAAUUCCACAAGAUUCCCAGGGGCCACGUGUGGCUCGAGGGUGACAACAAAUACGACUCACAUGACUCGCGGUUCUACGGGCCAGUGCCAUACUCGAUGCUUGAGGGGCGUGUACUUAUGAGGGUGGGAUAG